AUGUUUGUCCCUAUUAUAUACACAGCGUGUCGGGUGGCUGGGGUUUGUGCGCGUUCUCGCAUUAGCAGCGUGCGCACUCGUUGUGAUGUGUUCUGGGGAGCGCCCCUGAAUCGCUUCGGACUGAGGAGGGCUUCCCUUCCCGGACGCGCUGUGCUCCGUAUGGACACUUGGACGAUGGCCUCGGCGGAGCUCCCAGAAGAGAAGAUGGAACCAACUGUGAACAGUGAUUCAACACCUGCGGGUGGGUCGGAAGGUGUUUCGAAGCUCGACGCCGGUGUGGCUGCUGAAUCAACGCCCUUCACGACCGCAGAGCCUAUGAGCGCUGACGCGCAGGAGGGAAUGUUCUCGCAGGAAAUGCGUUUUGGUCCAGAUAGCUAUCGCCGCCGCACGCGGCGCGAGGGUAGCGGCCCCCGUCGCACCCCGUCUGCAAGUCGCCGCACUGCCUCAACGAUGCGUCGGCGCCCGCUAACCUACAAGCUUACAGAUUUGCAGCCGGGUCAAGAACUUCGCGGUACGGUGUGUGGCGUUGUAAGCUACGGAGCUUUCGUGGACUGCGGUGUUUUCUACGAGGUAGACAACGCUGAGGAUUCCAGCUCCUCAUUUUACGCCUCCAGCGAUGGCCUUGCGGAAACGAGUGCACAGGGUGCAUCUGAACUGAAUGCGAUGGAGCAGGAGGCGGCAUCCGCUGACACGGCCGGUGCAUUACCAAACACCUGGGGCGAGCGCAAAAAGUUCAUACCCUUCGAUGGCCUUGUUCAUAUUCGUGAUUUCUCGCGGGAGUACGUUGAGAAUCCCGAGAGCUUUGUGACUCGCGGCGAUGAGGUUACCGUCUACGUGAAGUUCAUAGAUCUGGAAAAGCGGAGACUUUCCCUUUCGUUCCUUCCACCGGGGCAGCAGCGCUCGCAGGGCAGGAACACCUCCAGCGCACGAAAUCUGUAUACCCCCACUGAGACAGCUGAUGGACGUCGCAUUCUCGUUUACGCCGACUCUGAGAACCGGCGCCGUGUGGGUUCUUAUCAGCUCGACGAAACCGUCGAGGGCACUGUGCGCAGAGUCACGAACUUUGGCGCUUUCGUAGACAUCGGCUCAGAAGUGGAUGCCUUUGUGCAUGUUUCCGAUCUUUGGGGGCAGAACAAGCAGCGCACCCUGCAAUCGAUCAAACCAGGAGACAAGUUCACCGCGCAAAUCUGCGAGAUUAACGAUCGAGCUAAGCGCAUUCGCGUGCGAGACGCCGAGCCGGUCAGCAACGAGCACGGCACGGAGGAAACAGAGUGA